GCUACAAAGACACACCAUUGCUAAAAUUCAAAACAAGGAAUACAGCAUAAGGGGUACUACCGUAAUUACACACCCCAACGCAAAACGUGGCGUCAGAAGACAGGACCAACAACAGCUGUUACAGUUUCUGUUCAUCCUAUAUUCUCAAUCUUGCCCUCCAACCUUCGUUUGCAAUUACAACACAGUGCCACUUCCUCUCUCUCCUUUCUCUCACUCUCAUCUCUCUCUCUCCUCACCGGUUAGCUAAAGUUUUACGUUUCCCGAUCUCUCUCUUCUCGCACGCGCUUCUCAUUCUCACCUUCGCCACGCGACAAUGGCGGUUUCAGCUCCAACGCUUCUUCUCUAGAGUGUAAAAGAGUUUCGGUUUUUCCUAUUUUUUUCUUUAAGCUACAAUGCCGUUUUGUUCCAGCUAGAAAAGAGCAUCUUCGAUUUUCUCGAACAGAUUCGAACUUCGGGAGAGAGAGAGAGAGAGAGCGCGCGCGAGAAAGUGAGAUUCAUUUUCUCGUUCAGCUCCCGUUGCGUUCGGUUGUUGGAACCUUCUUUUCGGGUGACGUUACCGAGAAAAAGGAAAAAGAGAAGUGAGUUAGGUUCUUGUGGCUUUUGGAUUGGGGCUUUUUUAGAAGGGUUUUUUGUAGUUACUAUUUUGCCCCUAGGGUUCGUGGAGUUUUCGAUUUUAGGAGAUGAAUCGCAGUUUCAGGGCUCAAGAAUCGCAAAUGCAAGGUGCGUUGAAGCAGAGGCAGCAACAAUUUGGGGUUUUGAGGGGUUCUUCUGCCGCGAAAGAGAAGGACGAGGAACUCGCAUUGUUCCUUGAGAUGAAGAAACGUGAGAAGGAGCGCAACGAUCUUCUGCUUCACACCUCAGAAGAGUUCGAUUCAGCUCUCGGUUCAAAUUCGAAUCUGAGUACUUCUCCAAUAUUCAACAUUUCUUCAUCAACGCCGGCACCUAUGAGGAAGACCGGUGCUGAUGAUUUUCUCAAUUCUGAAAAUGAUAAAAAUGAUUAUGACUGGCUUUUAACUCCUCCUGGUACUCCUCUUUUUCCAUCUCUGGAGAUGGAAUCUCGAAAGACUGUUAUGAGUCAGCUUGGAACUCCAGCCGCACGUCCCACAGCAGUAAAAUCUAGAUUGGCAAAUCCUCAGUCUGAGCCUGCUGGCAGGACAAACUUAGUAUCUAAACAAUCAGCUUCCUCCCCAUUGAGCUCUUCAAGUGGUGGAACAAGGAGGCCAUCUUCGUCAGGAGGUCCUGGAUCACGGCCUGCAACUCCUACUGGCCGUCCUACCUUGACCACAACUUCAAAACCAUCAAGGCCUUCAACACCUACUCGGGCUACUUUAUCUUCAUCUAGGACCACAGUUCCUACAUCCAAGACUAUAAUUUCCACAAACAGGUCGGCAGUUUCUGCCACCAAGACUUCCACCUCUGCUACUAAGAUCGCAACUCCUGCAGCUAAAUCCACCAUUCCAUCGAGAUCCUCUACCCCUUUGUCAAGAUCUACAGCAAGAUCAUCAACACCAACUAGCCGACCUACUUUGCCUCCUUCCAGGUCCACAUCAAGAGCAUCUACCCCUACUCGGCGACCAUUGACACCAUCAAGUGAACUCAAUGUUUCUUCGUCUUCAAUUAAGAUUCCUUCAAACUCCAGGCCAGCUUCUGCAACAUCAAGACAGCCUGCUACUGUGACAUCAAGGCUGCCAGCCCCUGUGACAUCAAGGCAGCCAGCUCCUGUGACAUCAAAGCCGGUACCGUCACGUGGCACUUCACCAACAGUGAGAUCUAGACCAUGGAAGCCGUCUGAAAUGCCAGGUUUUUCACUUGAUGCUCCACCCAACCUAAGGACAACACUUCCUGAUAGGCCACUGUCAGCAACUAGGGGCAGGCCUGGAGCCCCUACUUCUCGGUCUUCAUCUAUUGAGCCUGCUUCCACCGGAAGACCCAGACGGCAAUCGUGUUCUCCUUCAAGGGGGCGAUCUUCCAAUGGAAUUGCUCACAUCAGCGGAAAUUCUAUGCCAGCAGUUAGCCGCGGGCAUUCCAAAGUGAAUGAUAAUGUCAGUCCUGUUGUAAUAGGGAACAAAAUGGUCGAGAGGGUAAUAAAUAUGCGAAAACUAGCACCACCAAUGUCUGAUGACAAAAACUCUCCCCUUAGUAAUUUGUCUGGCAAGUCCACUUCAUCUCCAGAUAGCUCGGGCUUUGGAAGAACACUUUCAAAGAAGUCCUUGGAUAUGGCUAUUAGGCACAUGGAUAUAAGGAGAACAAUUCCAGGCAAUUUACGGCCAUUAAUGACAAACAUUCCAGCUUCUUCUUUGUAUAGUGUGAGGUCAGGUCCUCAGCGUGGUCGAACAAUUAGUGUUUCAGGCAUUUCAGGAUCUCCUCAUGCUACAAGCAGUAACGCCAGUUCUGAAGUGAGUGUAAACCAAAAUGGUCUUUGUUUAGAUAGUAGUGAAGUAGAUGAUGAUAUAGGCAGCGAGAGAUGUGGCCAAUCUCCUGCCAGUGUAAGAGGCAGGUAAACUGUUCUAAGUUCUCACAUAGGAAACUGCAUAUACCUACAAAUUAGUACCAGUGUUCGUAUCCUUAGUUUCAGCCAUAUGGGAUUUGCAUAUGGAGCUAACAUUGCUUCUACUUAUGUAAAGCUUAUUGAAAGUGAUGUAACAUCAUGUAAUGGGUAUCUCUGAUUUAGGUAGAUUGCUUGUAUGUCAUUGUUAUGGAGGCAGUGCUCAGUUUUUGAAACAAGCUGAGGUUAAUAUUCUAUUUUAUGGAAAUUUGGCUCAUUAUCUUCAA